GCAGCAUUCUGCCAGGAAGUGCAAGCUGAGAACGUCACAGUAGUAGAGGGAGGCACUGCCGAGAUUACCUGCAAGUUACAUCAGUAUGAUGGCUCCAUCGUGGUGAUCCAGAACCCUGCCAGGCAAACCCUCUUCUUCAAUGGCACCCGUGCUUUGAGAGACGAGCGGUUUCAGCUUGUGGAUUUCACGCCAAAACUGGUCAAGAUCCAUUUGUCCAAUGCCAAGUUGGAGGAUGAAGGUGGCUAUUUCUGCCAGUUGUACACGGAAGACACGCAUCACCAGAUUGCCACUCUUACUGUGCUCGUUCCUCCGGAUAACCCGGUAGUAGAAGUGAAAGAGCAAGCAGUGGAAGGGGGCCAGGUGGAGCUUAUCUGCUCAGCGCCCAGAACGAAACCAGAAGCCACACUACGCUGGUACCGAGACCGCAGGGAGCUCAAAGGUGUCACCAGCAAACAGGAGAAUAUAAAGACUUUCAGCAUCACAAACACAAUUCAAUUCCCUGUGGAGAGGCGGGACAAUGGCGAGAUCAUCACCUGCGAGGCAUCACAUGCAGCCCUUAAAGGGCAGAAAAAGCAGACGCAGUAUGUCCUGGAUGUGCAGUUUUCCCCGACAGCCCGAAUUCAGCCCUCUCAAAGCUUGGUGAGAGAAGGAGACUUGCUCAACCUGAAGUGUGAAGUCACUGGGAAUCCCAGGUAA